UCCUUUAGACAUUGUUUUGAUAAUCUUAUGCAAUCCAAACAAAUCAAAAUCGCUCUGAAUUUACUCCAAAUCUAACAUGAUUUCAACCGGACGAAAUACUUACAAUGCCCUUUUGUAUUUACUGAUGCCAGUUAAACUCAUCUCUUCUUGAUCAUUGUUAACUUUGCAAACCCUGACUAGAAAUAAAUAUAAAAAGCAGUACGAGAAAAUCUGUCCUAUCGCCAGUUGUUCUCUCGUGUAAAACCUAGUUCUAUACAAACUUUGAUUGAAAACUUUUUAGGGGGAUGACAAGGAUCAGACUGUUGUGGACUAAGUUGGUCUGACUAUUCCAAUCCUCCUAAGCUGUGGACUAAAGUUGGUCUGACUCUUCUGUUCCUUCUAAGCUGUGGACUAAGUUGGUCUAUCUUAAUAUCUGUGGCCAUCCAAUCUCAAGUGUUUUUUUCUUACAUGUGAUAAGAUUUCUUAAUUUCUGUUGGCUAACUAUUAAGUUGGUCUAUCUUAAUUUCUGUGGCCAUCCAAUCUCAAGUGCUUUUUCUUACAUGCGAUAAGAUUUCCUAAUUUGUGUGUGAUAACUACUAAGUUGGUCUAUCUUCAUUUCUGUGGCCAUCCAAUCUCAAGUGUAUUUUCUUACAUGUGAUAGGAUUUCUUCUCUUUUGUGCUUCUGUGCAAAUUAAACUUUGGUUUUCUGGUUUUCCAUUUGUCUUUGAACAAUGAUGGAGCAUUCACAUACUAUUCGUAAUCUGGUUUUGUUGAAAUUCCUGCAUGGCUUCUUUCUCUUAUUCUUAUGCAUGAUGAGCACAUGUCCAGAACCUGCAGCAUUUCCCAGCCCUACCCUGCUUGGAAACAUAUCUGAUCGCUUGGCUUUGCUAGACUUCAAGAAAAGAAUAACUGAAGAUCCCCUCAGUGUCAUGAGCUCGUGGAAUCAUUCCAUCCACUUCUGCAGUUGGGUAGGCAUUACAUGCCACCGUGCCACCCAAAGAGUCUUGAUUCUGGACCUGCAAGAUAAACAGUUGGUAGGCUCCAUUCCACCUUCCAUUGGGAAUCUUACUCGUCUAAUUGAAAUAAGGUUGGGAAUCAACAAGUUUCAUGGUGAAAUUCCUCAAGAAUUGGGUCGACUGCGGACCUUGGAAAGUCUCAACCUGUCUUUCAAUUCUUUAGGCGGGAAACUUCUGACUAAUAUGUCCCACUGUACACAACUCAGAUUUUUGGAUCUUUUUUCCAAUAAGAUUAUUGGGUCAAUUCCACGCCAACUCAGUUCAUGGUUGAGUUUGACUGUUCUACAACUUGGAAAAAAUAAUCUCAGUGGAACCAUCCCAAGUUGGAUAGGAAACUUUUCUUCUUUGAGGGGUCUUGCACUUGGCCGCAACAAUAUUCAAGGAAGCAUACCAAAUGAGCUCGGGCAUAUAACCACCUUGGAGAUAUUCUUAGUUGGGCAGAAUAAUUUGUCUGAAAGCCAAAGAUUUCAGCUGCAAAUUCGAAUUCGCAAUGUUAGCCAAGCGGGUUUUGCAGAAAGCCAUAAACAACUCUCAGCAUAAUUUGCCACACGGGAGUUUGACCUGCGAGUUGCAGUUAACUAUGGCAUCCCAUCCACGGCCUCCAUUCUUGCUUUCGAUCCGAUUCAGCGCCUUUUGGCCAUUGGAACAUUGUGAGUUAAAAUGCACCUACUUUCUUCUUUCUUCUUUCUUCUUUUUUGUUUAUGCUGUUUUCGGUGUGUGAAUUGAUCGAAAACCAAUCU